GGCGGCGGCGGCGGCGGCGGCGAUGGCGGAGCCUGCCCGGGGCUCGCUGCCCCUCAGCGGCCUGGCCCCGCCGCUGCUCCGCAGGCUCAGCGAGCUCCUGGACCGAGCGGCGCCCGGCAAGGGCUGGCGGGACCUGGCGCAGCGGGCGGGGAGCAGCGGCAGGGUCCGGCUGAGCCCUCUGGAUUUGGAGCAGUGUUCCCUCAAAGUGCUGGAGCCAGAAGGAAGUCCCAGUUGGAGUCUCCUCAAGCUCCUGGGAGAUCGUGGCUGCACUGUGGUGGAGCUCAUGCAGUUCCUGCAGGCCCUGGAGCACACAGAGGCUCUCCAGUGCCUCAGCCAUUCAGCGAUAAAGAUUGUUGUGCAGCCAGACUCUCAAUCAGUGCUCCCUGGACAGAUGGUCAAGCUGUCUUGCUGGGCAACAGGACACCCAUUUGUGCAUUACCAGUGGUUCAAGCAGGAGAAAGAGGUUCCCAAUGGCAAUUCCCCAGAGUUGGUUUUUAAUCCAGUGAGUGUGAACGACUCCGGCUUCUACAUCUGCCGAGUGAACAGUGCAUCCUCCUUCGUGUUCAGUCGCUGGGCACACCUGGAAGUCUGUCAUCUCCAGGGAACACCUGAUGGGAGCUUAACUGGUUUGCCUGGGAACAAGCUGCGCAUUUGUGUCCAGCCUCAGGCACAAAGCCUGGCAGUGGGGGGUGCUUUGGUGCUGGAGUGCGGAGCUGUUGGAAACCCAAUUCCUCAGUACCAGUGGUUCAGAAAUGGAUUUCCCUUGGCAAAUGGGAGCAAAAAUGUCUAUAUGGUCACUUAUGUGGAUGUGGAGCAUCAAGGGACGUACUGGUGUCACGUGUUCAAUGACCAGGAAGAUGAGGACAGCGACAAGAUAGAAGUUGUUAUAGGAAGGAAAGCUAUGGCAGUGGAGUGCUCAGAAGAAGACCUCAGCGAUCUUCAGAAACCAGAGCUGCAAGAGCAGGCAGAUCACAGACCUGUUGCAACAGACAAGGUAGCCCUGUUAAUAGGGAAUAUGAGCUACUGGAACCAUCCCCAGCUCAAGGCUCCCAUGGUGGAUGUCUAUGAACUGACCAACUUGCUGAGGCAGCUGGAUUUCAAAGUUGUCUCCUUGCUGGAUCUCACUGAGCCCGAGAUGAGAAAUGCAGUGGAUGAGUUUCUGCUCCUCUUGGACAAAGGAGUGUACGGUCUGUUAUACUAUGCUGGCCAUGGCUAUGAAAACUAUGGGAACAGCUUCAUGGUUCCUAUUGAUGCACCAAAUCCCUAUCGCUCUGCAAACUGCCUGUGUGUGCAGAACAUCCUCAAACGGAUGCAGGAGAAGGAGACAGGACUGAAUGUGUUCCUGCUGGAUAUGUGUCGGAAAAGAAACGAAUACGACGACACGAUUCUCAUCUUGGAUGCUCUGAAGGUUACAGCCAACAUUGUCUUUGGAUAUGCCACGUGCCAGGGAGCAGAAGCUUUUGAAAUCCAGCAGUCAGGAUUGGCCAAUGGAAUCUUCAUGAAGUUCCUGAAGGAUCGCUUGUUGGAAGACAAGAAGAUUACUGUGCUGCUCGAUGAGGUGGCAGAAGAUAUGGGCAAGUGUCACCUUACCAAAGGCAAGCAGGCUCUGGAGAUCCGCAGCAGUCUGUCUGAGAAGAGGGCACUGACUGAUCCCAUCCAACAGACUGGAUCUUCUGCAGAGAGCCAGGCACGGAACCUCCAGUGGGCCAAAGCUCAUGAGCUUCCAGAAAGCAUGUACCUGGAAUUCAAGUGUGGAGUUCAGAUCCAGCUGGGGUUUGCAGCCGAGUUUUCCAACGUCAUGAUCAUCUACACACGGAUAGUAAAGCAACCACCUGAGAUAGUGGUUUGCAGAGCCUACGUUACAGACUUUGCACUAGACCUGGAUGUGGAUCCUAAAGAGGCCAACAGAGGAACUCCUGAGGAAACUGGAAGCUAUUUAGUCUCAAAGGACCUUCCCAAGCACUGCCUCUACACCAGGCUAAGCUCACUGCAGAAACUAAGGGAGCACUUGAUCUUCACCGUUUGCUUGCACUAUGAGUACCCAGGAACAGAAUAUACAAUGGAUGAAAGAAAGGAAGUUAAUGUUGGGAAGCCCCUUAUUGCUAAACUGGGCCUUCAUCAUGGAUUCAAAACCAACAACUGCCUCCAGACCUGUUGCCUGGCCAAUAAUCGUUUUCCUAAUCACAUGGAAUCGAGUCCAGUGGCAACUGAAUACUUCCUCCCUAGUCACUGCCAGCCAAAUUCCUGCCCAGGCAUUUACCUUCCAAACCAUGUUUGCUCAGACAGCAUCAGACAACCAGAGGCGUGUUCCUGCAAUGGGAUAUUAGCUUCAAGGCAUGAAGUAGGGAACUGCCAACCCCCUGUGGAAGAGAGUAAUGUACCAGUAGAGACCACUGAUGAUACUGUUGAACUGGAAUUCCUUCUCUCUGACAAGCUCAGGUUCUCUAAGCAGCAAUAUCUGUGAUGUGACAUGGAAAAUGAAUUUCCUUGUCUUCUGACAUAUAACAUGACUAAAAACUCCAUUAGCCCCAGAGUGAUAAACAUGCCUUUCUCCUUUCAGCCUCAGUUGUUCAGUGUCAUGGAUUUCUUCUUACAUCCUGCACUCAAGUAAGGUCUUAUGUGUUCAUACGUGUUGUAGCAGCCUCCUGUUGAGUAUAUGACACGUAAUGUAAAUGAACUGAGCAGAGGGGGCUUUUACAGAGGUUGAAGAUAUCAUGGUUUAAUAUUCCAGUGUUAAGAAUAUGUCUCCUUCAAGCCUCAGUUUCUUUCCUUCCUCAUGUAUGUAUUAGGAUCAGUCACUGACAUUCCAGUCCCUUGGAUGCAGCUGACAGUCAGCUUUGCCUGCAUUCUCCUCUCCCAUGGUCAGAGGUCCAGAGUGGCAGCAGCUGACAAAUGGAUGAAGAGCUGUGCAAGGAAAACCAAACCUGAGCUGAGCUGCUUCUUGUCUUUUAGAGAACUACAAUGCUCAGAGGGAGCAAAGUCCCAGGUUCAUGCUGUGGUGGAUUGUUCUUGGUAGGAUAAUCUUUCCCAUAGGAAAGACACUGAAGAUUUUACUGCUCUGAGUUCUGGAAAGGUGGUUUUUCAGGUUUUGGAAGAACACUAAGUGGAGAUGUGAGGAAAAGGGCCUGUUCACAGCACGUGAAGCAUUGGAUAGGUAGUCACACAGCAAGGCAUGAGGAAGGCUGAAAGUGAAUAGGCCAGGUGAGUGGAAACUGGGGUUCUCCAGAGCUGGUGCUCCUGGACACAGCCCUAGCUUUUCUGUGGUGACUUUAGAGCUGACAACAAACCCUGCUCAGAAGGUCCAGGCACCUCCAGUGGAAGCUGAUCCUCUAUGGAAAGGCAGGUGACUUCCAUACGGUGCUUUGAUGAACAAGGGCAAUGGAUAGACCCAGGCUGGGCUGGCUGCCAGGCUCUUUACCUGCUGCAGAGUCUAUUGAUCUCUGUCAGUUCUGCUCAGCCAAACUGCUUUACAUACCCAGGUUGCAUGGUUUGGUCAGAACAGACACGUUAGGUUUGUUAAUGUUUGCAUCAUUAACUAGAUGUGUCAAUCUUCAGGCUGAAGGUGGAUUUAGGUACAUGGAUAUUAAUGUAGUUACAUCAGAGGGACAGCAAUGCUUGAGGUAACCUGCAAAGGAGCUGGAGUUUGAUUGUCUCCUUGCUCCUGGAGGGUACCAAGUAGUGAAGUAUUUAUUGAUGACUGAAAGGUACCUGUGCAUUAACUGUCCUGUGACUCACACCUGGUGCAUUACAGCUUGACCCAUGGCCUGGUACCGUAACGUUUAGCUACUACUUUGUCACAGUUUCCUGUUUUGUUUGAAAACUCAUUGUGUAAUAAACCGUUGUCCACAAAACAGUA